ACCUGUAUUUUCACCAAAUUAAUUCAUCAUGCCAAAGGUUCGCAGAAGUCGGAAGAAAACCCCGGAAGGAUGGGAACUCAUCGAGCCUACUCUUGAUGAGUUAGAUCAGAAAAUGCGAGAAGCUGAGACUGAGCCCCAUGAAGGCAAGCGUAAGGUAGAAGCUCUCUGGCCAAUAUUCAAGAUUCACCAUCAGAAAUCAAGAUACAUCUAUGAUUUGUUCUACAGAAGAAAAGCUAUCAGUAGAGAGUUGUACGACUUCUGCAUCAAGGAGGGCUAUGCUGAUAAGAAUCUGAUUGCUAAAUGGAAGAAGCAGGGCUAUGAGAACCUGUGCUGUCUGCGCUGUAUCCAGGCUAGGGACACUAACUUUGGCACCAACUGUAUCUGUAGAGUACCCAAGAACAAACUGGAAGAGGGCAGGAUAGUAGAGUGUGUACACUGUGGAUGCAGGGGAUGUUCAGGCUGAGACCACGGACAGUUGCAAUGUAAUGCAGUGGUAUGGACUAGUAGUAAAAUGGAUUCCAGAUAGCUUCAGAACUACAAGAGAGAGAGAGUUCAUGGUCCGUGGUUUUGUUAUGGAAGGCCAUUGUUUUUCCCCUCUCACAUGCUUAUUUGUAUGUUUGGAAAUGGUUCCCAAAGUAAUAUCUUUUGGAUCAACAGUUGUUCCUUUAAUAGGAUGCAGACUGUCAUGUGGUGGAAAUAUAUUUUUAAAAGAAUAACCCAUCUUUAAUGUUUACUUCAUUCAUUUUUAAAUCGUUGAAAUAGAUUUAUCUUCGUUUAUAGGAAACAAGACAAUCUUUUGAAUGACAUUAUUUAUUUUUUCCUAAUUAUACUACCUGUUUUUCUUGUUGCUUCUCUUUUAUUUUUAUGACAAUUCAGUUGAUAAUUCACUGGUCAUCAUGCCUACAACACUGUUCAUCAAAAUUAUACCAGUUGAUAUUUAUCCCUUGUUUUAUCAUUAUGUGAGGUGUUGCCUACAAUACAGAGAGAAUUUUCCAAAUGCUAGAUAUGUGUCUCAUUUUACUGCAAUAUUCAUAUGCCUCUUAUCUUAUUGAUUCAUUAUGUAGUUUUGGGAAGUGUAGGAUUCACUUUUUAAAAUCUUCUGCUAUGUUCAGAAUUCAAAGGCAUCUUCUUUUUUUUACUGUACAUUUGUAGACCGAUAUUUAAUGGCUGGUUUAUUAGUGAUGAUAAAACUAGUCUUUGUAGAAAAGACAUUGUGUCCAAGAUAAUCCAAGCUGAAGGCUAAUUAGCACAAGUCAUUGAGCACCAUACAUAUUCUACAAAUGGACCAAUUUUCUUGUUAUCAUCCUUAAUUUGUGACCAGCCCUUUCAACGGACCAAGACAGAAUGUUGAAUCUAUUACAAAUGAUUGUGAUUGUGAUUAUUACAAUCACACAUAUAUAUAUAUAUUUUUUAAAUUGUGGGAAAGAAUGGCUAUCAAAAUUGCACAAUGAUGUUGAUUCUUCUCAUAUCUUAGUCAUACCAGUAAAAAAAACUCCAUACCGACUCCUAAUUUACAAAUUCUUGGCCAUGGGAAGCAAUGUAAUCUAAGAAGUCUAUGAAUCUAUAAAGAUGCAUCUGAUCAAAAUACAAAUUGCCAACUCAUCGAUUUAGUUUCUUGGCCUCACACUCUAUCUCUCUCACUUUCUUCUUUAUCGUAAUCGUUUCCGAACAGUCUCUCCCAUUUAACCAUAAUCCAGUCGCGUCGCUGUAUGUGUAAAUAAUUUUGUGAAUAAAGCAUUUUGAAUUUGUA